ACACAUUUCAGUACGAUCUGUACAGCUGUGACGAUGAAAUUCUUGGUGUUUGUCACCCUGAUGUUGGUCACCCUGGUCAACGCUAAGGAUUGGUGGGAAAAUGGCAACUUCUAUCAAGUUUACCCGCGUUCAUUUCGAGAUAGUGAUGGUGAUGGGAUUGGCGAUUUGAAUGGAGUUACAGAAAAACUCGAAUACCUCAAAGAUAUUGGAUUCACGGGAAUAUGGCUGUCACCUAUAUUUAAAUCACCAAUGGUGGACUUUGGAUAUGAUAUCUCAGAUUUUUAUGCAAUUCAUCCGGAAUAUGGUACCAUGGAGGACUUCAAAAAUCUAAUAAAGAGGGCCAAGGAAGUAGGAAUACGAGUGAUUUUAGAUUUCGUACCCAAUCAUACGAGCGACGAAUGCGAAUGGUUUCAGAAGUCGGUUAACCGCACCGAAGGCUAUGAGGAUUUUUAUGUCUGGCACAAUGGAAAAGUAGACGCCAAUGGCCAGCGACAGCCGCCCAGCAAUUGGAAGAGUGCAUUCCGCUACAGUGCUUGGGAGUGGAAUGAGCAAAGACAGCAGUACUACUUACAUCAGUUCUCCAUUAAACAGGCCGACCUGAACUUUCGCAAUCCUCUAGUGGUGGCCAAAAUGAAGGAGGUCAUGAGGUAUUGGUUGGAUAUGGGCAUUUCUGGCUUUCGCAUUGACGCCCUACCCUUUAUGUUUGAAAAGGGACCAGAUGAGAAUGGAAAUUUCCCCGAUGAGCCGGUCAUCAACGAUGUCAGUAUCUGCCCAGAUCCCGAUGAUUGGUGCUACUUGAACCACACCUACACUCAAAAUCAGCCAGAGUCCAUAGAAAUGGUCUAUCAAUGGAGAGAAUUGACUGAGGCCUAUAAAAAGGAGCAUGGCGGUGGCACUCGCCUUCUUCUAACCGAAGCAUACACCACAUUUGACAAUCUGAUGCUUUAUUAUGGCGACGGAAUCCGUAACGGCUCCAUGAUACCCUUCAACUUUUAUUUUAUGCAAAAUAUUUUGAAGAACUCUACGGCAACGGAAAUAAAAGACAAUAUUCUGAGAUGGAUGAACUCAAUACCAUAGGAUGUGUUGGCCAACUGGGUACUUGGUAAUCAUGAUAAUCCUCGAUACUCGACUCGCCUGGGUGAGGGUCGUAUGGAUUUAUUUACGAUAUUACUGCAAACCUUACCAGGAAAUGCCGUCACCUACUAUGGUGAGGAAAUCGGAAUGGUCAAUGGCAAGGUGACGUGGGAGGAAACUGUCGACACCCAAGGAUGUAGCUCUAGCCCCCAAACAUACGAGAGCUAUUCGCGAGAUCCUGAGAGAACCCCCUAUCAAUGGGAUGCAUCGAGCAAUGCCGGCUUUACUGAAGGCGAUCAUACUUGGCUGCCAGUUGCUGCCAACUACAAAGAGAGCAACGCUCUCAGUCAAUCGCGAGCCCCCCGCAGUCACUUGCAACUGUUUAAAACGUUGAUUAGAUUACGACAGGAGCCCUCCAUGCAAGACGGACCACUCGAGAUUAAAUCCAUACUCGAUGACAUUCUUAUCUACUCCCGGCAACUGCCGAACAACGAUAUGUACGUCAUUGUUUUGAAUUUGAGCAACAGUACGCAAACCUUCAACGUGAAUGACCACUUCAAAAUUGGAAGCAAGGCCGAAGUUAUUUGUUCGUCCCUGCAGUCGAAACAUGUCGAGGGGCAAGUAAUAGAUGCUACUAAAUUCGAGGCGGAACCUGAAGUCGGAGUUGUCUUGGUGAAUAUCAACUAAAUGUUUUAAAUUUUUAAAUGUUAAUCAUAGUUGCAAAUAAAUGGAGAAUAUUAAAUCAAUCGACA